UCCGUGCGUCCGUCCACAGUCCCGCAAUGUGGCUGCUCCGAGUCCGGGCGGCGCUGGGCGGGCGCGGGCUCCGGCCCGGGAGGCAGGUCACUUGGAAGGGCUGUCGAUGGUGUUCCGGAGUUGUUCCUAAUGAGAGGAUCCGCAACAUUGGCAUUUCUGCUCACAUUGAUUCUGGAAAAACAACUUUAACUGAACGAGUGCUUUACUAUACUGGAAGAAUAGCCAAAAUGCACGAGGUGAAAGGUAAAGAUGGAGUCGGUGCCGUCAUGGAUUCCAUGGAACUCGAGCGACAGCGAGGAAUCACUAUUCAGUCUGCGGCCACCUACACCAUGUGGAAAGACGUGAACAUCAACAUCAUAGACACGCCUGGGCACGUGGACUUCACAAUCGAAGUAGAGAGGGCACUGCGUGUGUUGGACGGCGCCAUCCUGGUGCUCUGUGCGGUCGGAGGCGUUCAGUGCCAGACGAUGACCGUCAACCGGCAGAUGAAACGAUACAAUGUUCCGUUUUUAACCUUCAUUAAUAAACUGGACCGAAUGGGUUCCAGCCCUUCGAGAGCCCUGCAGCAAAUGAGAUCAAAGCUAAAUCACAAUGCAGCCUUUGUCCAGAUACCCAUUGGCUUGGAGGGUGAUUUUAAGGGCAUCAUAGACCUCAUUGAGGAGCGCGCCAUAUACUUUGAUGGAGACUUUGGCCAGACCAUCCGAUAUGCCGAAAUCCCCGCAGAGUUUAGGGCAGCGGCCACCGACCACCGUCAGGAACUCAUCGAAUGUGUUGCAAAUUCAGACGAGCAACUUGGAGAGCUGUUCUUGGAAGAAAAGGUCCCCUCAGUGACAGAUUUAAAGCUUGCAAUCCGAAGAGCAACCAUUAACCGAGUGUUUACGCCUGUUUUUGUGGGAAGUGCUUUGAAGAACAAAGGGGUGCAGCCUCUUCUCGAUGGUGUCCUGGCUUAUCUUCCUAAUCCCUCCGAGGUCCAGAACUAUGCCAUUCUCAAUCAGGAGGACACUGAAGAGAAACCCAAAGUCCUGAUGAGCUCCCAAAGAGACGGUUCCCAACCUUUUGUUGGCUUGGCUUUUAAACUGGAGGCUGGCCGAUUUGGACAGUUGACUUACGUGCGAAAUUACCAGGGUGAGCUGAAGAAGGGCGACACCAUUUAUAACACCAGGACCAAGAAGAAGGUGCGAGUGCAGCGCCUCGUCCGAAUGCACGCAGACAUGAUGGAGGAUGUUGAGGAAGUUUAUGCUGGAGACAUCUUUGCAUUGUUCGGCAUCGAUUGCGCCAGCGGAGAUACAUUCACAAACAAAGACAAUAUUGAUCUUUCUAUGGAAUCGAUCCAUGUUCCUGAUCCUGUCAUUUCUAUAUCAAUGAAGCCUUCUAACAAGAACGAUCUAGAUAAAUUUUCAAAAGGCAUCGCCCGGUUUACAAGAGAAGAUCCCACAUUUAGGAUUCACUAUGAUACUGAAAGCAAAGAGACAAUUGUCUCAGGAAUGGGAGAAUUACACUUGGAAAUUUAUGCUCAGAGGAUGGAAAGAGAAUAUGGCUGCCCCUGUGUCACUGGAAAGCCCAAAGUAGCCUUUAGAGAAAGCAUCACUGAGCCUGUACCGUUCGAUUUUACUCAUAAGAAACAAUCUGGUGGUGCUGGCCAGUAUGGGAAAGUGAUAGGCGUCUUAGAACCUCUAGAACCUGAGAACUACACCAAGCUGGAAUUUGUAGAUAACACAUAUGGGACAAAUAUCCCAAAGCAGUUUAUUCCCGCCAUAGAAAAGGGGUUCUUGGAUGCUUGUCAGAAAGGCCCCCUCUCGGGGCACCGGAUAUCUGGGGUACGGUUUGUCGUAGAAGAUGGAGCACACCACAUGGUAGAUUCUAACGAGAUCUCCUUCAUUCGAGCCGGGGAAGGUGCGCUGAAGCAAGCCCUGGCAAACACCACUCUGUGCAUCCUGGAGCCCGUGAUGUCGGUGGAGGUGGUAGCUCCCAACGAGUUCCAGGGCAGCGUGAUUGCUGGGAUUAACCGCCGCCACGGAGUGAUCACGGGCCAGGACGGCGCCGAGGACUGCUUCACUUUGUACGCAGACGUGCCGCUGAAUGAAAUGUUUGGCUACGCCACGGAACUGCGGUCGUGCACCGAGGGAAAAGGCGAAUAUACGAUGGAGUACUCCCGCUACCAGCAGUGCUUGCCCGCCACGCAGGAGGAGCUCAUCCACAAGUACCUGGAAGCCACGGGCCAGCUCCCUGCCAAGAAGGGAAAAGCCAAGAGCUGAUUUUCUCCCCUGAGCCGAGCAAUGGACUGCAUUCUGCUUCCCUCUCCAGUCUCCCAUGUUCCCCCGAAGGCUGGAGUCCAGGAGAGUGGAUUUAGGCCGAGGAGAAUAGGAUGUGAGCGGAUUUCCUCUCUUUUUAUUCAGAAGUAACCUAAAGUUAAUAUAUGUAUAAUGCCCUAUGGCCAUGGAGUCCUUUUUUUCAGUCUUGUAAGAUGUCUAUUAAAAACGUUUAUACUA